AUGGGUCGGCUCGGCCGGAGUGAUACCACGGCCUCACAGAAAACCGGCGUGAAACAACCAAAGCGUUGUGUUUCGCCGUGUGAGGUAGGAAAAGAGAAGAAAAACAUCAGCCCUGUAGGACCCGUCUGUGGUGAUCUAUUGGCUCUCUCUCCCCGACGCCCGGAGUGUUGCCUAUUGCGGUGGCUGGGGCGUGAGGGCGACAGCUUGGAUUGCUCCUUCAUGCCGAAGCCCCUGACCUGCAGUGCCAGUAGCGUAGAGCACAGUUCUGAGGGUUUGCAGCAAGAAAGGCAAGAGACCCCAACUUCAGGCUUUGGCGCCCUCCAAAAUUUGUCGCCUGUAAGGGCGAAGGGUACUGUCAGACUCUUACUGACUAAAAACCAACCCGGUGUUCCUCCAAUAACCCAUGUGUCGGAGGGGCGGGUAUCGCCGAAGCAUUCGUCGCAACCCCCCGACGGGUAUUGGCCCGCCAGAUGGUAA